AUGCAUCGACACGUGCCCGAAUGGCACAGCUUCGCGCUGCACAAACCCCACCUCAAGCCCGACAAAAUAAUAGAGUAUGAAGCGACCAACUAUCCGGCAGAAUUUUUGAACUCACUGGAUGUGCCAGGAACUCCGCCGCAUAAUUUGCAACUGAAGUUGCAAUUUAAAAAAAGUUUGCACAUCUUUACUUUUGGCGAACAACUUCACGUGGAUGGCGAUAAUGGUGUUGGCGGAGAAAAUGAAAAAAUAGGCAAAAAUGUAAAGAGCAAUUUGGAGGAGGGCGAAAGCUCAGUGAAAAGAUUGGGACGUUCGGAAACACCAACCAUGUUGAUGCCAUUGUUGAACUUCAGCAGUACAUGCGAGCGGCACAUAAACCUCAGCAAACAGAUCCUUUGGAGUUUUGGAAGUGCGCUCCAGAUGAUUCUCUUCUAAAAACUACAGCUGAACGCCUUUUUUGUGUUCAAGCAUCAACGACUAAGUCUGAGAGGAUUUUUAGUAAAACGGGACAAAUUAUUUCUGCCAGAAGAGCAUCACUGAAAGCCAAAAACGUGGAUAUAUUAUCCUUUCUCAAUAAAAAUAUGUGGAUCUCAAACUUUUCAAUCAAUGAAUAGCAUCAAACUCAUGUUAUUUGUCAGUAUAUUUAGAAUAUAUUAACGUAUUUUGUGAAUUAUUUCAGUUUUUCUUUUAUUAUAAGCGUGUUAAUAUGUGUUAUCUUUUGUUAUUCGAAUAAAUAAUGAC